UUGUAUCAGUCCACCCUCUAAAAGGCUUAAAAGGAUCCGGAAGUCCAGAAGCUAAGAAACGAAACCCUAGCCUUGUGUAUAUAAUAAUGUAGCAUAUACUCCAACCAAGUCUUCCCAAUUUUCCAAGCUCAAAAUGUCUAAGCGAGGGCGCGGAGGAUCGGCCGGGAACAAGUUCCGUAUGUCGCUGGGUUUGCCGGUGGCAGCAACGGUCAACUGCGCCGAUAACACCGGGGCUAAAAACCUCUACAUUAUUUCCGUAAAGGGCAUCAAGGGUCGCCUUAACCGGCUGCCGUCAGCUUGUGUGGGUGAUAUGGUCAUGGCUACAGUGAAGAAGGGGAAGCCUGAUCUCCGGAAGAAGGUCAUGCCUGCUGUCAUUGUCCGUCAGAGAAAGCCUUUUCGCCGAAAGGAUGGAGUUUUCAUGUACUUUGAAGAUAAUGCUGGCGUCAUAGUAAAUCCCAAGGGUGAAAUGAAAAGGUUCUGCAAUCACUGGUCCAAUAGGUAAAGAGUGUGCUGACUUGUGGCCCAGAAUUGCGAGUGCAGCAAAUGCCAUUGUCUGAAGAUGAGAUUGCUCGUAAAUGUGAUGUACUUCGGGACUUCGUUUAGUUUUCAUACUCCGUAUUAUUUAAUUGCACAACUCUUCAAUUCAAAAAUACUUCUGAAGUAAAAUGAACUCUGAAUUUUCAACACUUAGCCUCGUUUGGGUCUGUUUUGUAAUAGAAUGCAAGGAUUAAGGAAGCACUUCAAAAAAUUUUGUGUCAUACUGUAGCAUUCGUGCAUUAUGUUUUGGUUUUCUGAUCCGAUUUUUCUCGUUAUCAUCAA